AUGGACCGCGAGCCGACGCUCUGGGAGCGGCAGCUGCAAAAGCAGACCGCCACGGGCGUCGAGGCCGCGCUCGCGUCCCUCGAGAAACGCCCGGUCGUGGCGACCUGCACGACCCCCGCCUGCGCCGGCGAGCUCCUCGCGGCCUUCGCCGCGUCGCGCGCGCGGCCGCUGGCCUUCGUCGUCGUCCGCGCCGACGCGUUUCGCACCGCGCGCGAGCUCGCGGCGCGGCUCGCCGGCCGCGGCCCGCGCGUGCUCGCCGCCGCGCGCGGCGCGGCUGCGGCCGAGGCCGUCGCCGACGACGGCUUCGCCGAAAUCGCGCGCGCGGCGCCCGACGACGAGGCCGUCGCGCUCGCGCUCCGCGAGGCCCUGCCGCGCAAGCCCGCGUCGGCGCCCGCGGGCGACGUCGUCGUCGCCGACGCCGCCUGGCUCCGGGCCGUGCUCCUCGGCGCCGCCGCGGCGGCCUACGACGGCGCCGCGCUGCGGGCCGCGCCCGCGGCCUUCGCGGCCGACGCGCUCGCCGACGACGCGGCGUCGGCGUGCGCGACGCUGCUCCGCGCGUCCAACGCGGACCGGGCGGCCGACGCCGCGGCCGGCAAACCCUGCCGGAAGUGGCUCGACGCGACCGCCGCGACGGUGCGCCCGCGCGACGCGCCGCCGCGCCUCUGCGUGCUCCCCCGGGGCGGCGCCGCGCCCCUGGACGUGCGCGGGCCGAGCCGCGCCGACGCGCCGGCGGAGGCGCCCUGGCUCCGCGCGCUGUCGCUCCGGGACCGCGGCGGCGGCGACGGCGACGACGACGCCGUCGCCGCGGCGCUCCACUUCGUCGCCGUGGCGCGGGCGCGGCCCGGCCGGCGGCCGCCGCCCGUGGUAGUGUACGUGGAAAACGGAGAACGAGCGGAGCGGCUCGCGGCGCGCCUCGCGGCGGAGCUCGCGCGGAGCGGCGACGCCGACGCCGGAAGUUUAGCGGCGCUCGCGGCCGCGGCGCGGGCCCGCGGCGCGCCGAAGCACGCCGUCGCCGCGGCGCUGGCGGAGGUCGCCCGGGGCGCGGCGGCCUGGCACGGCGGCGCGCCGCGGUGGCGCCGCGAGCUCGUGGAGAUCAGGGCAGCAAAAGAGAGCGAAAUUCCCAACUUCAAAGGCUCAUAUCUCGGCCGGUUUCCACUCGUGGAGAUCGCGGCGUCGGAGCGGCUCGCGGCGGCCGUCGUCGCGACGGCCGGCUUCCCGCGGCGGUUCCCCCGCGCGGUCGUCGCCUGCGCGCCCCGCGGCGGCCUCGAGGCCUACGAGAGCCUGGCGGCGCCGGCCUUCGACGGCGGCGAGGCCGUCGCGUGCCACGUCCUCGGCGACGAGCCGCGCGCGUUCUGGGACCGGUGGCGCGCGGAGGCGUGGCUCGGCGCGCCGGCGCCGAAGCCGCGAGACGCGCCCCUCUUCCCGGCGCCGCGGCUCUUCCUCGCGACGACGCUCCGCGCCCUCGCGUCGACGGGGCGGCCGGAGGUGGCCCGGGACCUCGCGGACGCGUCGCUCGCCGCCGCAGCCGACGCCGCCGACGCGAAGGUCCUCAAGCGCCACGCGGAGGACCUCGACGACGCGGCGCCGGCGGCGUCGCCGGCGGACGAGCGGACCUGCGUCGCCGAGCGCCUGCGGGCGCUCGCGCGGCGCGCGCAGCGGCCGUUCCUGCGGCGCGGCCGCGUCGGCCGCGUCGACCGGGGCGGGAAACGGGCGCGACAUUCCCAACUGCAAAGGCUCCUAGCUCGGCCGUUUCCCACUCGCGUCGACGGCGCGCGCUGGUGCGUCGUCCUCGCGGACGAGGUCGCCAGGGACGGCGCCGUCGCCGCCGUCGCCGAGGUCGCGCCGGGGGCGGCCUGGCGGCCCGAGCGCGUGCCGCUCGAGCGGCUGCGCCUCGCGGCGCUCGUCGUCGCCGUCGCGGCCGAGCCGGAGCGGCCCGCGGCGCUCGACGCCGCGCGGCGCGCGGUCGCCGAGGCGCUGGAGGCGCUGCGCGGCGACGGGGCCAAAAAGAAGAAGCGCAAGCGGCCGGCGGCGAUCCCCUUCCUCGACGCGCUCGGCGCCGUCGAGAUAACGCGCGAGCCCGACCGCACGGCGGCGGCCGCGCUCGCCGCGCGCCUCGCGGCGCUGGACGAGGCCCUGGGCGGGGCCGCGGCCGCCGACGAAUUGAGCCUCGAGGACCGCGCGGCCCUCGAGCGCCGCGUCGUCGCGCGCCACGCGGCGGACGCGCAGCGGUCCGCCGCCAAGGACCGCGGCGACGCGAGCCGCGGCUGCGGCCGGGGCCUCAAGGCCCUGAAAAAGCUCGGCUUCGCCGGCGGCGCCCGGGGCACAGCGCUCCUCGGCCUCCUCGCCGCCUGGCCCGUCGGCGGCGACGACCGGCGGCCGCUCGCGGCGCUCGUCGCCGCGGCGCCGGACGGCGCGGCGUCGCCGCUCGCGGAUUUAGGGCCGGCCGCGCUCGUGUUCGUCGCCGCGGGCCUCGCGCGCGCGCCGGACGAGGCGCCGGAGGCGGCCUUCUCGUCCCUCGCGGCGCCGGCGCCCGACGCGCCCGUCGACCGCUCCGAAGCGUCGGCGUUGACCGCGGCGCGCGGCGCCGUCGACGGCGCCGCGCGCGCGGUCGCGCGCGCCUGCGCGCCGUCCGGGGGCCUCGUCGCCGAGGAGCUCUUCGCCCGGUCCCUCGCGCCCGCGGGCCCCGCGGCCGCGGUCGCGCGCGUCGCCGCCGGCGCGACGGUCGCGCGCGCCGCCACGGACGCGCGCGCGGCGCCGGGGCUGCUCGCGCGGCGCGUCGCGGAGACGCGCGACGUCCUGGCGGCGCUGGGGGCGGCGGCCGCCGCCCUCGACGCGGGCGCCGUCGUCGCCGCGCUCGCGCGCGCGCGGGACGCGCUCCCGCGGGAGGGCGCGUCGCUGUACGCGCCUGGGUAA